AUGUUCCUAGACGCAAAGAAUGCGACGGUUCCGAAUCCGGAUUUGAACCCGAAUCCAGGGAUUCGGAAAAAAUUUGGAUCCGUGGAUCCAAACGGUCGACCGCGUCCGGAUCGCAUACAAUCCUACCUGCAACUCAUCAGCAACUCCAUCGAUAUGGUCAAGAAGGAUAGGGACUACAUCAUUGCCCUGGAAAAGCAGAUGGAGGAAGAUGGAAAAACGAGAGAAAAAAUGGACCAACGCAAGCGACGAUUGCUCGAGCACAGGAGGGUGCAGGACUUGCUUGAUAAGGGGGUGGUCAAACAAGGGGAGCUCAUGAAACAGGAAGUUAAGGAUUUCAAACUGCUCCAUGAAGAAUUUUUUGAAAAUAAAAUUCAGAUGGCUCGCUGUCCGAGUCCAAGUCCAGUGAAGAACACUCCUCUGUUUCACAAGAAAAAGUCCAUCUUUCUGACGAGCGAGUAUCUUAGCAAAGUGCUGUCAAACAACUUUAAGAAAGUAGUCAUGAAAAAAAAUAAUGGCGAGGAUCUUGAAUCCGCUCUUGAGUUGGACUAUCCCGAUCCCGUCCUGAAACAAAUGUCUAAUGCUACGAAAGUGGACGAGUUGUACCUACUGGCAGAGAAGGUCGUCCAAAGAACGGAGGAGGGGUGCAAGGACAUAGAGAUGGCCCUCAACAAUUUUUAA